AUAUAAAUAGGCGUAGGCGAUUUUGUUUCAAUGAGCGUGAACUUGUCUGUAAAAAAUAUUUAUAUUGCCCAUUUGUGGAUGAGAAAGCGGAAAAAUAGGAAUAGGUGAAUUGCAGAGACUGUAAACACUUUGUGAAACGAUUGAUGUUAUGCUUAAGAAUAAUAAGAACACAACAUAUAGCUGUACUCGCUUGUGCAUUGUUAUGUGCAAACAUUGUAUGUACUUAUUAUAUAAGGGGAACUAGCAUCUAUACGUGGUUCAAAAGGUAUUUAUGUUUGUUCUGUUACACAGUAAGUGUCACAGUCGACUGAUAGACUGAUGUGUGUGCAUAUGCCAGGUAUUUUUCUCUACUUUCGAUUUAGCAUAUAAAUAUACGGAUAUGAAUUUUUAGAAUUUAUACGAAAAUGUCUGUCGAACAAUUCUUAUGCGGCCCCUGUUUGGCGGAGAAAGCCGAAAUAGAGGGCGUUGUGUAUUGUAAAGAAUGUGAGGAACCACUUUGUGCGCAAUGUAAACAGGAUCAUGCAAGGAUUAAAGUUUCCAAGCACCACAAGUUGUGUGACCUUGCGGAUGCACCUACCCAGGAGAUACAUAAAUUUCUGAAGAGCUUGAUUGCAUGUCCGAAUCACGAAAAAGAAGAAGUGGUUUACCUGUGUAAAGACCACGACCUCCCAUGCUGUCAUAUGUGUGCUAUUGCCGAUCAUAGAAAGUGCGAGGAAGUGAUGGUACUUUCUGAUAUUGUACAUAACAUAAAAGUGGAUUGUAGCGGAUUAAAGACAGUGUUACAUGACUUGCAACAGCAAGGCGAAAGUCUUUUAGAACAUGAACGCAACCACGCAGAAUUGGUAUCUGAAUUAGAAAGUAAAGCGUUGUCAUACCUUCAAACUAUAAAACAGAAACUGUUAGACAUGUAUGCGCAACUUGAGAAUGAAGUGUUAUCAGCUAUUGGUGAUAAGAAGAAAGUGAUAGGAGAAAAAAUGAAAACAAACAUCGAAGAGGCACGUAACUUGUUAAAUGACAUCAAACAGCAGUCAACUUAUAUCGAACACGUUGAGCAAUUUGGAAAUAAUGGACACAUUUUUCUCCUGCAGCGCCAGCUUGACAACCAUGUGGUUUGUCGUCUGAAAUCAACCGUGGAUGUAUUGAAGGACAAUAGAAGCAAAUCUAGCUUUAAAUGUGUUGAAGAUACAUCGUUUGAUAGUUUUUUGAUGGAAAUGAAAAAUGCCUUGAGAAUUAAACACCACACGUGUGAUGAAAGCGAGACAGGCUCCGAUAUCGAUAAGAGUCAUUAUAAGCCAUACACGGAGCGAAUUCCAAAGCUUCAAUGUACUAAAGAUUUAAGUAUUAUACCCCUGUUUGACAAGGAAAAUCAUCCGAACCCGCGUUCAUGUAUUUGGAUAGAUAAGUACAUUGUCAUAUCUUUACACGAAGGAAAUGCGUUACUAGUGACUGAGGAAGAUAGUGAUUUGUUAAUAUCAAAAUUCAAUUGUGACUCUAUUCCUUGGUCCGUUUCUAAGACAGGUUCUGCGGACAUGGUGAUAACCUUGCCAAAUGCAGGUAAAAUUGCCAUUGCACAACUACGUUAUGGAAAUGUGCACGUUGUAACAGAACUCAAAACACGAGUCCCGUAUCAUUAUGUUUUUAGAAAUGCUCCAAUAAACCAGUAUGUAUGCCUUUCGAGGACAAAUGGGCAGAUAGACAUUCUAAAUAAUGACGGAACGUUGCUUCGUGAAGUCAUUUUAAACUCAGACAUACAAAAGUGCGCAAGAUCUUGUUUAAGUUUGUGUAAUUUUAAUGACUAUAACCGCAUGUUAAUAAUUUCUGAUGGUAAGUCAGACAAACUAGUGGCUUUGGACUUAAAUGGUAAAACAAUAUUUGAAUAUAAGCACCCAGAUCUAUAUUUUCCAGGUCAUGUAGCCGUGGAUCCUGAUGGCACUGUGUAUGUGACAUCCGAUCGUCAUUACCUCCAUCAAAUAAAUCCUAAUGGAAACUAUAUAAGAUAUUUCAUGAAAAAGAAUGAUAUGGAUAGCCCUUGUGGAAUAUGUUUCAAUAGCACAUUUGAUAAAUUUGCCAUUACUGGUGGUGGGUCUAGGAGAAAGCCAUAUCUGCAUUUGUAUACAUUUAAUUGAGAAAUGCGUAUGCUUGAAAAUAUUUCAAUUAAUACUAAAAUGUUGUGAAAAAGUAUGUUUAUAUAUUUAAAUAAUUUUAUUUUGCACGAUAUUUGAACUUGCACAAUGCUUUGUUUCAUGUUAGUUUUGUGUAUUUUUCUUAACAUAAGAAUGCUUGUAAAUUAAAGUAUGAUAACAUGUAUAUAGGUAUGCGCAUCGUACACAUUACAUCACAUUGCAGACUUAUUCACAUGUUUGAUAUGGUUGAUUGUGUGUGGACCUUCAUUAUUUGUAGGUACAUUGCAACAUUAAUAAUUUGUUUGAAUUUGUAGUAUGCUAUUACUGCCUGUCUUGUCAGGCAAUACACAUGUAUGGUUUAAGUAAGAAACGCAUCCGAAAUGGACAUAUCGACGGUAAAUAAUUGAAAAUAUUUUUAAAAAUGAUAACGAAUUAAAAACAUUAUUUGUUAAAUAGUUGUCCAACACGUAUGUCUGUGUUCCCUUGAAAACUUUGCGCAAACGAGCAACUCAGCAGUAAUAGUACAAUCGUUAUGAAUGAACUGUCCACCAAGUACCUCAACUCGCAUACGAACGAUCGUUAACGGGAUUUUAGUGUCGAAAUAUUUAUAAUGCAAUAUGUUGUUGUUGUAGACUAGAGAUGGAAUCUCACUAGAGGCUUGUAUGACAAAAAGUUUAUAGGAUGCUGUUUCAAAAUGAUUGUAUCGAUAUAACAGUGUUAUAAGAUCGUUAUCUUCUCGUAAAGAGAGAAUACGCAUUAUUUUAUACACAAAUAUAGUUUUGAUGAACUAUUGUAGAUAUGCCUUUUUAAGACUUAAUACUUUUUUAUUAUUUGAAUUCUGAGCAUAUAUGUUUGAUAUGGAAGUACUUGUAAAGAAAUAUAUGUUUGUUAUAUGUG